UUAGAUGCACUUUUGUUACCUUAAAAAUUGCUUUAUAUUUAAAAUACUUAAAUCAAAUACACUGCCAGUUUAUCUUUAAACCUGCAGGAUUUCCUAAUGGGCGUCAUGUGGGUGUAAUCUAAGCACAUUUUACCACUUGGGGACAGAAGCUGUCAAUCAAGCAGCAUCUUUAUAUCUAGACUCAGCGGCGGCGGCGUUGCACUUCAGGAUAAAGCCAGAGACACGCUGAAGCUCCGCUGGGAUCAAUGUCUGUCCAUCAAUAACAUCUCUGAUGAGAUUAUUUCAUAGUUUUUUUUUUUAAAUCACAGAGCAUAUUUCAUAAUCUGCAGGAAGUUUUUCUGUCUGGGUGUUUUUUGUUUUUUUCCUCAGCAGGUUAUUUUUGACUUUUCGCUGUUUUUCGUUCUGUGUCAGACAACCUGGAAAGGAUGGAUAAGCAGAGCUGGAACAAUGCCACCAUCAUCAACAGCUCCAUAGACAAGUUCUCCUUUGACCAAGUUGGGACUUUCCAGCACCAGGACUCCGGUGAGCUCAGAGUUCUGGUGCCAGCCAUUCUGGGAGUCAUCUGUGUUUUGGGUGUGGCCUGUAACCUCACUGCCAUGGUCAUCCUCUUCUCAAACGCUCACAGGGGCAAACUCUCACUGAUCAACUCCCUCAUCUUCAAUUUGAUGUUUGCCGACGGGCUCGUGCUGAUGUUUACAGUGCCGUUCAGGGCGGCGUCCUUCUCCAAAGCUAGCUGGAACCUGGGCUGGGUGGUGUGCAAGACGGCCGACUGGUUCCUCCAAUCCUGCAUGGUGGCCAAGAGCCUCACUGUGGCCAUCAUGGCCAAAGCGUGCUAUCGCUAUGUCUCCAACCCAACCAAGCAGGUGAGCAUCCACCUGGGCUCCAUCCUGGUGGUGCUCUUCUUCAUCUGGCUCUCUGCCUGCUUGGUCACCAUCCCCCUGUGGCUCUUCGCUCGGCUGCAGAGAGAGGUCAGCGGGCUGGUGUGUGUGUUGAAGGUUUCUCCUGGAGCUCAGGAGUUCAUGUCGGUGUACACCAAAGCUUACCCUGUCGGGGUCUACUGUGCCCCCCUCAGCUUUGCUUUGAUGUACUUCGGGAAAGCUUACGGCCAAUGCCAGCGCCGCUCCAGUAAGACACAGAAUCUGCGCACUCAGAUCAGAUCAAGUCGACUCACUCUCAUCCUUUUCAGCCUCACUGUGGCCAUGGCUGUCCUCUGGCUGCCUCAAUGGGUGGUGUGGCUUUGGGAGCGUCACUUGGCAGAGAAAGAAAUCGGAGUGGCUCAGCCUCUGCUGUCUUCUCCCCCUCUUUUUCUGGUCCUCUCUGCCCAGCUGCUUACCUUCUCCCUGUCGCUGAUAAACCCUCUCAUUGUUCUCUUCCUCUCUGAGGAGUUCAGGGAGGGCUACAGGGGGCUGUGGAGACGCCUCACUCUACGCAAGCAGCCUCCACCUAAGCCAAAGCCAGGACCCCACAAUCCCACCUCACUGCAGUCCCCCUGUCCCAGGCCGGAGACAUCUGGACAGCUGAGCUGGGAGAGAAGCCUUCAGCUUGGCUCCAGCCAGGAAGCCCCAGAGGAUCCGGCUGAGCUGGAGAAAGCAGCUGGAAAAGAAGGGAGAGAAGCUGACAAGGUGAGCCUCAAAGACGGCUUCGUUUUGCCAGAUGUGGAGCAGUUCUGGAACGAGAGGGAAACGGAGACGCAGACGGUGGAAAACGAUCCAGUGCCAUGGGAGAACCAGACAGAGGAAGGGAAAAAAUAGCCUCCAUCCAUUCCAGAUGAGAGGACUGCAGAGAGCAACACUGUAAAUGUUCCAAUAAUCCUGUUUCCUCAUUAAAUAAAUGUAGUUUAAUUCAUAUUUAUUAAAACUCAAACAGAAAAGCAUCUUCUGAUAUUAAUUUUAUAAACAUUUUAAAGUUAUAUUUGUAGUUUGAAGCUGAAUAGCUUGUCGGAAAACUUUUGUGUGAACAUUAUUUGUAUUAGUAAAACUUGUAAACAUAACAUAAAAUGUGCAAAAUUAAACAUUUUCAGCAAAAUAUGUAAUAUAUUAUUAUCAUAUCGUCAUAAUUCAUCGUAUUUUGUGUUUUAAAGUAAAAAAGUAUGUUUAUGGUCCCAAUUAAUGAGUAUCUAACAUUUGCUGUCGAUAAAGAUUCAGAAUAAAUGUUGUUUAAGCUUCA